AUGCAGAUGCUUCUGGAUGCAUUGAUGCACAUUGCAUACAGACGCCGAGCAUGUGAACAAGUUUCCCAAGGACAACAAAGUCCCUGCCAAGCUUUGACUGUAGCUCUCUCUCAAAUCGAUUUGCCCAGUUCAGAUGAAAAGAUCCUGUCUCAGACACCUUUUUCCAUGGGAGGUCCCCGUGCUUCGUGUUUAGGUUUCAGGGUCUUGGAAUUAGCAAGCUCCCUAGCUGCUUCAGCCAUGACAUCAAGGAUUCAAAUGGACGGGUCACGAGCAACGCAAUUAGAGCUCUUUGCCGCUUUUCUUCAGCUGAAUCUUCUUCACCUUCGAUUGCUAUAUCAGAGCAGCGAACCUGUACCAGAGUUCGAGCAAGGUCACCAGCUAUAUGAGUCAAUUCAUCAGUUACAUACCCCAUCAGCAUCAUCGGUUUUCCUAAGAGCUCCAACAACAUCCACCAAAUGUGUAAAUUGUUUCCCUAAAUCCUUAUCAUCAUCCAUAAGAUCAUAUGGCUCCAAAGAAGUGACACUUGAAUUAUCAGAGCUGACACUUGCGUCAUCAUCGCCAUCAUCUUUAUCACUCUCCGUAUCACAGUUUAACGUAGCCAAAUCAACUAUUUCAUUGGGAUCAGCCAAUACAAAAGCAGAUAUGUUCUUACUCUUGCGAUUUUCCUUUUGCUUGUUUCUGCGACUAGACUCAUUUACUUCAGUUAAGGAGGCUGAUCUUUUGUUUUCACCAUCUCCAUUUUCCAUUGUAUUUGUGAUUGAUGCCGUUUGCAAUCCAAAUUCCCAGUCAAUUGCAUUAUCAGUGAUUGAAUCAUCAAGGUACAGAGGAUUCUUCGGGUCAAUUACUUUAGAGAACAUAAAGGCGAUAGAGCUAGCCAUUUUCCGUACCAGAUCUCCUGGGUUCUCCAGUCUACCUGUUGGCAACAAAAAGUACAAGAAAUAA